AUGUCUCAUCAAUCAUCUAUUUGGGCUGGUGUUGUAGAUACUUUAACGCGAACAUUACCAACUAUAUUCGAUCGUUAUGCAAAUCCAAUCGAUGCUCAAACUUAUUUAAUUGCAUGUGUUGAGCCACCUAUUUCAUCGGAUUUUAUCUCUUUAAUUGCUCAAUCUUACAAGCGUGAUAUUGAUUUACUGAAAGGAAAUUUUACUCAAUUUUUGACUGCUAUCGAAAAUUUGAUUAAAUUGAAUAAUAUAAAAGAAGCUCGUAAAUUUGUGAUUGUAAUUAACGAACACUUCAAAGCCGUUGAUGAUAUUAAAGGUGUACUUGAAAUGCUUAUUCGUGUAUGUUCAUCUAUAAAUAUUAAUCAUCGAAACGAUUUAUGUGAAGAAAUUUGUUCACCUAUCGUACCUCAAUUAAGCGAUAGGAAAUGUAAUAAAAACUUAGCGUCUCUAUUUUUCGACUUGGCUCUUCAUAUAUUUGAUCUAUGUGUAUUGAAAUCACCCAUCUAUGCUGAACGUUUAUUAUCAAAAACAGAAUUAUUAUCACGUUGUACUGAUCUCGUUCGAUUUUGUGUCGAAUAUGAAAAAUUUGAUAUAAAAUCACAUUUUAGUGAUCUUGAUAGUCUUGCAGAUAUUAUUAGAAUUAUUGUUGAAAGAUCGAAAAUUUAUACAAUUAUUUAUCAAUCAACGCAUGAUCAAGCUUUACAAGCUAUCCUUCAUUGGUCGGGAUUAACUAAUAUAGACAAUACAAAAAUAACUGCUAAUAUUUGUUCUCAAUUUAUUCAAGCACUUCAUAAACGAGUUAUCGAUAAUGAACAAGAUGAUAAUCAAGCAAUGAAUAAUUCAGGAAUGAGAUCUUUCUUUAUUUCUAUAGGUAUAGAAUUGGCCACAUAUAUUGAACAUUUAAAAACUCUUCCAUAUGAAGUUCAUUGUCAAUUAGCUGCACUUAUUAUAGUUACACUUUCAUGUCCAAUUCAACAUGAAAAUGGAAUAAAUACAUUUGAACAAACAAUUGUUUCACAAAUCUGGUAUCGUAUUGGUCCAUGUCUUAAUAAUCAUAAAGAUGUUCGUGUAUAUGAAAAAUGUCUCAAAAAAUUAUAUUCAUUAGGAUGUGAUGAUGGUCAAACAGUUUUUUAUAGUUGGUGGUCAAUAUUUUGGAAUAAUGUUGGAAUAAAAUUACCCGAUACAGCUGCUGAUUUUGUUCAGGAUUUUCUUCAUGAUGCACUAGAUCGAAAACAAAUUUCUGUUGCUUCAUUACUUCCUUUACUCUACAAUAAACGUUCUGAAAUGUAUCAUGCUCGAUUAAAUGAUAUGAUUGAUGUUAUGUUUGAUGGCGAUAUAUCUUAUGUUUCAUUAUUGGGACAUUUAUUUUGGAUUAUCAUUAAAGAACAUCCGAAAUUAAUUACAUUAGAUCAACUUGAACAUAUAUUUACUUCAUUGAAAAAUUAUACAGAUGCUGGACAUGAAUUUCAUAUGAUUUUUCAAGGACUUACAUUUAUAGCUAAUAUAAAUCCUAAUCUAUUUCACAAAUAUCGUUCUAUACUUUUACAUUUUGUUAUUGAAAAACAUAAUUUAUCAGCGUAUAAUUGUCUUCAACAAUAUCUUGUUGCUUCCACAAUUGUUAAUGGUGAACAAACAGCUAAUGAAUCUUUAGUUAUUCUUAUCAAUUUACUUAAAGAUCAAUCUGGCAUUACAAAUGAUAUUCGUACACAAAUAUUUCAUACAUGUCAAUUAAUUGGUAUUAUAAAUAAACAAGCACUUCAGACUAAACGAUCAGAUUUAAUAAAAUAUAAUUCUUAUAAUCAAUAUCGAACAUUAAUUGAUUUUAUUGAUGGAAAUAAAUUAACUGAAGAAAAUCAAAUUUUAAUCAAUCAAACAAAAGAAGAAAUUUUACAAAUAGAAAAACGUGUAACAAAUCUCAAUGAACAAAUUAAUGUAGUUGAUACACAUUUAAAUGAUGUUAAUCAACAAAUUGAAAUACAACGAAAAGAAAUUGAAAGAAUUGAUGCUAAAACAUUAAGUUAUGUUCCAAGUGAAUGGGGUAAUGAAGUAUCGAAAUUAUUAAAUAUAAAAUCUGAUAAUGAUUGGCGUUUACUUGGAAAACGUUUUGGUUAUUCAACAAGUGAAUUAAAACAUUGGGCAUUACAAUCUGAUCCAUCGAUGUAUUUACUUAAUGAAUGGUUUAUGACACAUAAGGCUGAUGAAGCUACAUAUGGACUUGUUAAAAUACUUGAAGAAAUUGGAAGACAAGAUGUUGUUAACAUUAUUCGAAAUGCAGUUAUUACUGCUGGUGAAUUAAUUCCUGAUGAUAUGAAUAUUGAAAUAAAACGUUUACCGCCUGUUUUUCUUUCAUAUCAAUGGGGAUAUUUAUGUUGGAUGGAUACAGGCCAAAUAGGUGGUGGUGAUAAAUUAUUUGCUAAAAUUGAUGCUGGAAUUCGUGGUGCAAAAGUUAUUAUUUGUUGUAUGAAUAUAGCUUAUGCACAAUCAGAUAAUUGUUUACGUGAAGUUCAUCUUUGUAUUAGUACUGGAAAAUCAUUAAUUCCAUUACAAAUGGAAAAACAAACAUGGCCACCUGAAGGAGCUCUUGGACCAAUAAUGAGUCAAUAUUUAUUUAUUAGAUUUUAUGAUAAAAAAACAAAUUCAGAUAAUUAUUGUCCUGCAGAUAAAUUUAUUGAACUUCUUGGACAAAUUCGUUAUUAUGUUGCACCUGAUCCAGAUAUUAUUACAAAAGAAUAUUAUAAUUGGUUUAUACCAAAUAUUAAUAAUCUUAUUUUUAUUCAAUCAAAAUCAAAUGAUAGUAAAGAUAAAGAAAUUAAUUUAAAAAAUGAUACAUUACUUGAAAUUAAUCAUCCACAAAUAAUGAUAUCUUAUCAAUGGGAUUAUCAAAAAGAUAUUAUUGAUUUAUAUAAAUUAUUAAUUAAAUUAAAUUAUAAAUGUUGGCUUGAUAUAUUUCAAAUGGGUGGUGGAGAUUCUCUAUUUGAAAAAAUUGAUAAUGGAAUUCGUUAUGCUAAAUGUGUUAUUGCUUGUAUUACACCUAAAUAUACAAAAUCAAUAAAUUGUCGACGAGAAAUGUCAUUAUCUGAUGCUCUUUCAAAACCAAUUAUUCCAUUAUUACUUGAACUAACAGAUACAUGGCCACCAUCUGGUCCUAUGUCAAUGAUUUUUACUGGAAAAUCAUUUAUUGAUUUUCGACGUUCAAAUAAAAAUAUUCAAAAUGAUAGUAUUUGGAAAAGUAAACAAUUCAAAAAACUACUCGCCCAAUUAAAAGAAAUUAUUCCUGAAGUCGAUACUGGAAAAUUUUAA